AUGGCGAAGAUUUACAAAGACACAAGGGUCGACCUGCGGCCAUUUUCGCCGGCCACAGUCGCCAACAUCCAGGUCUCACCUCAAGAAAGCGCGCCCCGUCGGCCUCGCUUUUCGACCUCCUCUGCCCCCGACCAGCCCGAGAUCCCGAUCGCGAAGGAUGAAGACGAGUUCACCAGACGGUAUCUUACUACACAGGGCGCAGUCUACUUCCGCAAACGCAAGUCGUACCCGAGGACCUUUGUGUGGAGGGUGGUCAAUGACAACAAGGUGCUGGAGAUUCAAUGCGCGGACUUGACGAAAAGUGGCACUGAGCGCUUCGAAUACAAUGUGACCCUGCGGCUACACUUCCAAGAACAGAUUCUUCCAUCUGGUGUGGCGUUGGCAGAUGUGGAGGAACAUGAGGUUCUCAGCGUCUUUGUGAUUACGGCGUCAAAGCAGCUCCAUACCUUGUCACUUCGACCAGAGUUCUUCCGGAGGACAGAGUCGAUCGAUGACAAUGUGAGCGAAUGGUGCAAGACGUGCAUCCCUGCACCUCUUUCUUUCUCAACCCCCCACAGACUUCACGCGAGCAGCCCGCAAGAGCUGUUCAUCUCCCUUGAUAACGGCGCGCUCCUGCGGUUGACCCGCAGAGCUGGAGAUGAUGGUUCUCACUGGACUCCUCUUACCUUCGACGAACGAACAUGGGGCGCGUCGAUUCGAGGCCUUGUAAAGUGGCACGCAACCUCCUCGAUCAAGCACAAUGGACGCAAUCUCGACCUGAACGUCGCCAAUGCCAUCGCUACAACCUCCGACGAGACCUACGUCUUCGCCGUUUGCCUGAAUCACACCUUGAAAAUCUGGAAUCUUGCUACAAAUAAGCUUGCGGCGACAAAGGAUCUUCUGGGCCGCCAAAUGGACCCCGAUGCGGUGCCAUAUACGUUGAAUCCUGCCGAGACAUCGUUCAUCCGGGUAUUCAACGCAGAGAGGGCAAUGGAUGGUGGUCACAGGUUCUAUGUCGUCACCUACUCUCCUUUCGAGGACGGGCGCUUCAAGUUCUGGGCUGUGAAGGGUGGAUUAACGUCUGAUCUUGUUAUCGAGGACCUCUUUGCCGAUGCAGUCUUCCGACCUGUUGACCCAGACGUGACGGGUAACAUGUUCUGGAGUAUCGCAGACUUCCAGGUCAAACCCGUGGAGGAAGGAAAGGGAAUGGAGCUGUGGGUGUUGUGGAGAAACCAUGGCCUCUAUCAGCUCUACACCCUGCACUUUGAUCUGCAAACCCUGGUGGCAGAUUGGUCUACGAACUGGGUUUCAACAACGUUUGAAACACAUCGACAAGAGCCACUACCUGCGCCAACCCUCGAAGAUGUCGAAGACCCAACUGAGAAGUGGCUUGCCUACCUCUUGCAACCAACUCGAUACCUGCCUGAAGUUCUUGAGACUGCAUUGGCGGUUUAUCAGGAGGCGCUUAGACCGCUGUCCUCAACCUCAUCUGGAGUUUUGAAGAAGGACGUACCGCUGGCGGAGAGACUUUGCUCUACUAUUGCAGCGACCGUCUCCCUUCGCAAAUAUACCGAAGAUGAGAUGGACUAUGCUCGGUUCCGGAUGGACACAGAUGUCAAGUGGCGUCAAUUCUGGCAAGUUGCAGAAGACCUCAACAAGCGCAGAUUCGAACCCGUUUCCCUUGCAUACGACUCCUUCUACGAGAUGCCCUGGCUUCUUCUCUCCGACUCCUGCGCUGUGAUCCGAGAAUGCAAUACUGCUGAAUUGCUCCUACACAAUUCGAGUUCCGACUUACGUGAGGAGGGUCCCAAAAUCGUGGACCGAUGGAGACAUCGCAAUCUCGAUGCCGAGCUUGGCAGUCUGUACGAACAAGCUUCUUCAUUGAUGAAGGUGGCUGCUGAGUUCAGAAAAAAGUUCUCUGCAGAGCUCGAUGCGGCAUGCCGGGCUGCUCUCGAAGUCGAAAUUUUCAACGAACCUUCUUCAUCAGUUGUCGACCGCAUGGAUAGUUUCCGGGAGCGCUGCGAGUUUGGGGACCGAAUCUCUAAUAAGACAUUUGAGGGUCUUGUUGCGGCGUUGAAUGAGUACUUAGAUGCUGAGAGCUUGUCUGUGGAUCCGUUCUAUGCCAUCAUCGACACUGUCCCUUCCGGCUUUAACGGCAAGGACUCGGGGCUUCUCUCAACAUACUUCGGCGCACGAGUCGCCGUGAGUGGUGCACUCGAGACGGUCGUGCUCACGCGCCAGAUCCUCUAUGACUUGUUGAUCCUGGUCACCUUUGUGGACGGCGAGAUUGAACAGAGCGAACGCUCAAACUUCGACGCCGCUGAUCUGUUUUCCACACUCAUUGAUUCUCUCCGAGAGUACGAAAUGAUGUACUGGCUCAGCUCGAAUGUCCGGAAAUGCGCGGACCGUACCGCUAGUACUGGGACAGAGGGUUCGGGCUCGGUCUUUUCUCUGAAGGAGAAGAAGUCCGAUCAGAACAAGAACCUGCGGACGGCGACCAUUCUAGAGGACCUCUUUGUCACAGACAUCAAGCCGCGUCAAGCGAUUGGUGUGCCCCAGAGUUAUACCCUGACUCUUGGGAUCAGGGAUGUCCUAGCUUGGGUUACGCGACCCGGUGAAGUGGCGUAUCCUAACGCAUUGGCUUACAUUCAGUGCGAUCUUAUUGCUAAGGACAAUAUUGAUCUUGCAUGGGAUUUCCUGCGUUUCCAGGCAAGCACAUCCUGGGCAACGUAUGUCAAGGGUCGCCUGCAUGUGGCAAUGGCCGAGUUUGACAUUGCAGCCAUUUACUUCCGCAAGGCGGCAUAUCUUCUGUCUUGUGGCAAGCCUUUGGGUAACCUGCACGAAAUGUCGUCAACCCUCCUGGACCUUAUUUCCGUGAAUUGCUUCCACAAUGGCAUUCCGAAGUAUUACCAGCAUAUCCUGUCGGUCUUUGAGCACGUGCGCUCGUUCUCCCAUGUCGCAGAGUUUGCCAGCCUGGCGCUGCAGGCCCUUGAUUCGGAGGCCUGGGCCGAGCACGACCCCGAAUACACGAGCAUGCGAACUGAUCUGCUCUCGCGCCUGUUCUAUGCAUCCCUCAAGACCUGCCAAUUUGACCAGGCCUACUCUGCCUUGGCCCGGUACCAGGAUCUUGCCUUGCAGAGGUCCGCUCUCAGUUCUCUCAUCACCAACAUCCUCGCUGUAUCUGGGCCUGGUGCUGCUGGAAUUAAGCAGAUCCUCCGUUUCCCAACAGCGCUUGUACCAAACAUUGCUUCUCACAUUGAUGAAGUCCUCGUCUCUCUCGCCCGAAAGCAAAACACCUUUACCUCAUGGACUGAUAUAGACAACAACGAGGUUGAUGCUUCAUCGACCGACUACAACCGGAUCUUGCAGGCCUACCGCAUCGCUCGUAAUGACUAUCGCGGUGCUGCUGAGAUCGCCUACCGGAACGUUCAGCGUUUGCGCAAGGCAAGGGACGCACCCUCAUCCGCUCUUGUCCGUAAAACUAGGAGAGAUGCUGAGGCUUCCGGUGUACCUGAAGACGACCUUGAGAGUAAGGAGAUCCGCCACGAGCUACUGUCCUUGAUCAAUCUGCUCGCCUCCGUCGACAAGAGCGAAGCCUACAUUCUUGUCGAAACUGGCCCACUCGCAUCCUUCGCUGCGGGCACGCCACCUCCACAGCAGAAGCACCGACAGACGGAUGAUGACGGCAACGUCUUCAUGGAAGAUGCGGAUGCGACAUCCCAAAGUCCAUUUGAGGCCAGACGCAGAUCAUCAAGCGGGCCUUCAAUCACACCCGCUGGUCGCAGAGAUAGUCGCUCCUCAUUCAGUGGCGGACGGGGCAGCGUAUCUUUCAAAGUACCAGUCGAACAACCUCAAGAAAGGAUCAUUGUUACCCUUGACCACCUGCGUCGCGAGUAUCAGUCCGAACUUGAUCGCGUUAGCCGUAUAGAGCGCGGUGACUGGGAGUUUGGUCUUUUGGGGGAUGAGGACGAGGACGUCGAUAAUGAUGACACGAUGGUUCUGUCAUAG